ACUCCUGACGACAGCAUCUAUUCAUUGCGUGUUUUUAAUAGGCUUAGAGAAAUAUGAGUAGAGUACAUGAAAGCAGCUCAGCUUCACACUUCAGCUGGGAAUGCCCAAAAAGCUUACUGCUGUUUAGAAUUCUUGCUACAGUCAGGAGAAAGCCGAAAGCCGCUCGGGUACCAAAUCUUCUACGACUGAAUUAGAAGAAAUAAUGACUGUACAAUUAACUAUCAACCUCUGCUCAUUUAAGCACAGUUUUUACAGAGCUCAGGAGAAAUAUGGAACUUGAUUGGCAUGUUUUUAUUUGAUGGUGUCUCCAAAUAGAUGACUUUAAAGACAGGUGGUAAGGAAAAAUAAGAGAAGAAGAAAAAAAAAAGGAAAAUGCAAUUUGAGACAUUGCGCCAGGUCUGCAAUUCUGUUUUAUCUCAUUUUCAUGGGGUUUUUUCAUCCCCACCAAAUAUUUUACAAAAUGAGCUUUUUGGACAAACACUGAACAAUGCAAGGAAAAGAAGUCCAUCAGUGUCCAGAGAUCAGAAUAGAAGAUACGACCAAAGGGAAGAAAGAGAGGAAUAUUCACAGUAUGCUGCUUCAGAUAGUACAAUGCCUAGAUCUCCAUCAGAUUAUGCUGAUAGGAGGUCUCAACAUGAGCCUCAGUUUUAUGAAGAGUCUGACCAUAUGAAUUAUAGGGACUCCAACAGGAGAAGUCAUAGGCAUUCCAAAGAAUAUAUUGUAGAUGAUGAGGAUGUGGAUAGCAGAGAUGAAUAUGAAAGACAAAGGAGAGAGGAGGAAUACCAGGCACGCUACCGGAGUGAUCCAAAUUUGGCCCGCUAUCCAGUAAAGCCACAGCCCUAUGAAGAACAAAUGCGGAUUCAUGCUGAAGUGUCCCGAGCAAGGCAUGAGAGAAGGCAUAGUGAUGUUUCUUUGGCAAAUGCUGAAAUGGAAGAUUCCAGGAAUUCUACGCUAAGGAUGGAACGACCAUCAAGGCAGAGAUCUAUAUCUGAACGUAGAGCUGCCAUGGAAAAUCAGAGAUCUUAUUCAAUGGAAAGAACUCGAGAGGCUCAGGGACCAAGUUCUUAUCCACAAAGGACCACAAACCAUAGUCCUCCUACCCCGCGGAGGAGUCCAAUACCCAUUGAUAGACCAGACAUGAGGCGAACUGACUCACUAAGGAAACAACACCACUUAGAUCCUAGCUCAGCUGUAAGGAAAACAAAAAGGGAAAAAAUGGAGACAAUGUUAAGGAAUGAUUCUCUCAGUUCUGACCAGUCAGAGUCAGUGAGACCUCCACCACCAAAGCCUCAUAAAUCAAAGAAAGGAGGUAAAAUGCGCCAGGUUUCAUUGAGCAGUUCAGAGGAGGAAUUAGCUUCCACACCUGAAUAUACAAGUUGUGAUGAUGUUGAGAUUGAAAGUGAGAGUGUAAGUGAAAAAGGGGACAGUCAAAAGGGAAAAAGAAAAACUAGUGAGCAGGCAGUUUUGUCGGACUCUAACACCAGGUCUGAGAGACAAAAGAAAAUGAUGUACUUUGGUGGCCACUCUUUGGAAGAGGAUUUGGAAUGGUCUGAGCCUCAGAUUAAGGACUCUGGGGUAGAUACGUGUAGUAGCACAACCCUUAACGAGGAGCAUAGCCAUAGUGAUAAGCACCCUGUGACGUGGCAGCCGUCUAAAGAUGGAGAUCGUUUAAUUGGUCGCAUUUUAUUAAAUAAGCGUCUGAAAGAUGGCAGCGUACCUCGAGAUUCAGGAGCAAUGCUUGGCCUGAAGGUUGUAGGAGGAAAGAUGACUGAAUCAGGUCGGCUCUGUGCAUUUAUUACCAAAGUAAAAAAAGGAAGUUUAGCUGAUACUGUAGGACAUCUUAGACCAGGUGAUGAAGUGUUGGAAUGGAAUGGAAGGUUAUUGCAAGGAGCCACAUUUGAAGAAGUAUAUAAUAUCAUUUUUGAAUCCAAACCUGAACCACAAGUGGAGCUUGUUGUUUCAAGACCUAUUGGAGAUAUACCUAGAAUACCUGAUAGCACACAUGUACAACUGGAAUCUAGUUCUAGCUCAUUUGAAUCUCAGAAAAUGGAUCGUCCUUCUAUAUCUGUUACCUCUCCCAUGAGUCCAGGCAUGUUAAGGGAUGUUCCACAGUUCUUAUCUGGACAACUUUCAAGCCAAAGCCUUAGUAGAAGAACAACGCCUUUUGUUCCUAGGGUUCAGAUAAAACUAUGGUUUGACAAGGUGGGUCACCAAUUAAUAGUAACAAUUUUGGGAGCUAAGGAUCUCCCUUCCAGGGAAGAUGGAAGACCAAGGAAUCCUUAUGUUAAAAUUUACUUUCUUCCAGACAGAAGUGAUAAAAACAAGAGAAGAACUAAAACAGUGAAGAAAACACUGGAACCUAAAUGGAACCAAACAUUCAUUUAUUCUCCUGUCCACCGAAGAGAAUUUCGGGAACGAAUGCUAGAGAUUACCCUUUGGGAUCAAGCUCGAGUUCGAGAGGAAGAAAGUGAAUUCUUAGGAGAGAUUUUAAUUGAGUUAGAAACAGCGUUAUUAGAUGAUGAGCCACACUGGUAUAAACUGCAGACCCAUGACGUCUCUUCAUUGCCGCUUCCCCAUCCUUCUCCGUACAUGCCGCGACGACACCUCCACGGAGAGAGCCCAACACGAAGGUUGCAAAAUAAAGCCUUAUGUUCAUAUAAUUCAGGAUCAAAGAGAAUAAGUGACAGUGAAGUCUCUGACUAUGACUGUGAUGAUGGAAUUGGUAUAGUAUCAGAUUAUCGACACAAUGGUCGAGAUCUUCAAAGUUCAACAUUGUCAGUGCCAGAACAAGUAAUGUCAUCAAACCAUUGUUCACCAUCAGGGUCUCCUCAACGAGUAGAUGUUAUAGGAAGGACUAGAUCAUGGUCACCCAGUGUCCCUCCUCCACAGAGUCGGAAUGUGGAACAGGGCCUUCGAGCGACACGCUCUACUACUGGACAUUAUAAUACAGUUAGCCGAAUGGAUAGACAUCGUGUCAUGGAUGACCAUUAUUCUCCAGAUAGAGACAGUCACUUUCUUACUCUACCUCGCUCCAGAUACAGUCAGACCAUUGAGCAUCACCACAGGGAUGGCAGGGAUUGUGAAGCAGCAGAUAGACAGCCAUAUCACAGAUCCAGAUCAACAGAACAACGGCCUCUCCUAGAGCGGACCUCCACCCGCUCCAGAUCCACUGAACGUCCUGAUACAAACCUCAUGAGGUCGAUGCCUUCAUUAAUGACUGGAAGAUCUGCCCCUCCUUCACCUGCCUUAUCGAGGUCUCAUCCUCGUACUGGGUCUGUCCAAACAAGCCCAUCAAGUACUCCAGUGGCAGGACGAAGGGGCCGACAACUUCCGCAGCUUCCAUCAAAGGGAACACUAGAGAGAAACAAUGGAAGCAAGGAGAUAGAAUCUUAUGAAGAAGUGGACUCCACAAGGAGAAGACAUGCAGGUGCUAUGGAUAUAGAGGAGAGAAAUCGCCAAAUGAAAAUUAACAAAUACAAACAGGUAGCCGGAUCAGAUCCCAGACUGGAACAAGAUUACCAUUUGAAGUAUCGAUCAGGAUGGGAUCCUCAUAGAGGGGCAGAUAAUAUUUCCACUAAAUCUUCGGACAGUGAUGUAAGUGAUAUAUCUGCGGUUUCAAGGACUAGUAGUGCUUCUCGUUUCAGCAGCACAAGCUACAUGUCUGUCCAGUCAGAACGGCCAGGAGGAAACAAGAAAAUCAGUGUCUUUACAUCCAAAAUGCAAAGCAGACAAAUGGGCAUCUCAGGGAAGAACAUGACUAAAAGCAGCAGCAUCAGUGGAGACAUGUGCUCGCUGGAGAAGAAUGACGGCAGCCAGUCUGACACUGCAGUGGGCGCCUUGGCCACCGGCAGCAAAAAGCGGCGCUCUAGCAUCGGGGCCAAAAUGGUAGCUAUUGUUGGACUCUCCCGGAAAAGUCGCAGCGCCUCGCAGCUCAGCCAAACGGAAGCAGGGGGUAAAAAGCUCCGGAGCACCGUCCAGCGAAGCACAGAAACAGGACUGGCUGUGGAAAUGCGGCACUGGAUGACCCGGCAGGCAAGCCGAGAAUCCACAGAUGGCAGCAUGAAUAGCUACAGCUCAGAAGGAAAUCUAAUUUUCCCUGGUGUCCGCUUGGCCUCUGAUAGCCAGUUCAGCGAUUUUCUGGAUGGCCUUGGCCCCGCCCAGCUAGUGGGGCGCCAGACUCUGGCUACACCUGCAAUGGGUGACAUUCAGGUAGGAAUGAUGGACAAAAAGGGACAGUUGGAGGUGGAAAUCAUCCGGGCCCGUGGCCUUGUUGUAAAACCAGGUUCCAAGACACUGCCAGCACCGUAUGUAAAGGUGUAUCUAUUAGAUAAUGGAGUCUGCAUAGCCAAAAAGAAAACAAAAGUGGCAAGAAAAACGCUGGAACCCCUUUACCAGCAGCUAUUAUCUUUCGAAGAAAGUCCCCAAGGAAAAGUUUUACAGAUCAUCGUCUGGGGAGAUUAUGGCCGCAUGGAUCACAAAUCCUUCAUGGGGGUGGCCCAGAUACUUUUAGAUGAACUGGAGCUAUCCAAUAUGGUGAUCGGGUGGUUCAAACUUUUCCCCCCUUCCUCCCUAGUAGAUCCAACCUUGGCCCCUCUGACAAGAAGAGCUUCCCAGUCAUCUCUUGAAAGUUCAACUGGACCUUCCUACUCUCGUUCAUAGCAGCUGUAAAACUGUUAUCAUAGGAACCAGCGUUACAAAAAAAAAAAAUCACAGGUCGCAAACCCUGGUAACACUGCAUGCUUAAUGUUGUGUCUUCUGAGCCUGUUUCUAGGGAUACAAGCGAUCCUGUGUUCUCAGAGGAAGUUGCACACAUUGUGCCCUAAAGAAGGCCCUCAGGUGAAAGAGCAGAGCUGUGAAGAACUAUCAGGUUUGGAGUUCAGUAACACUCAAGUUUUGGUCCAAUCUGGAGCCAUGGAUUAAUUGCAAAGCAUCAGUCAGUUUCAUGCAACAAAAGCCCUUUUCAAUGGCACCUUUAUAUUUUUAUCAUUCCUUUUUCUUCCUUUCUCUGAACCCAAAGCCCUGUUAGGCCACAGAAAUUGAGCUGUACAGCCAUUAAACCAUGUUAUGAAUCAAAGAAUGAAGUGCUAGGAAGCAUCAGGUGAAAAGCAAGAGACCAAAGAAGUGGGCCAGGACAAGACAUCAGCCCUCCUUUGGAGGGGGACCAGGAGCCGCCAGUCCAACGGGAACAGUGGCAGACUUCAGAGCUUCAGCAGGCACACCGUUCACAAAGGCCAAGAUGUGCUGGACUCUGAAACACGAAAUUCUGUGGCUACACUGUACUGAAUGAAAUUAAAGAAACCUUUUUUGCAUGGACACAGAUUAAGCUGAAUACUUAAAUUAUUUUCUUGGGGCUGCAACUUGCAAAAAAUAAAAAUAAAAAUCAGCCGUUUUCAACAAUUUAUAUUAUUUUUAAAAAUAAAUUUCACUAGUGCAUGGUUUUAAAAGGGGGAGAGAAUGCAACAGGGUGGUACAAAGACACACCAUGUUUAUUCUUUAAACUAAUCAUAGUCUGUGUUUUGGCAGACAUUACAAAUAAAAUACUUUCUAGAAGAUACUUACAAUUCUCUUUCCGACAAAUAUGCAUAGUAUAUUGAAAAUUUAUUUCCAAAUUAAAUAUACAAAUCUUACAAAGUUCACUAUGUGCAUAUUGUUCACAUCUUUUCCUCCUUGUCUCUAUCUCACUUUUCCUCUUUUCCCUCUUUUAAUCUUUCAUUUUCUUUCUCUCUACCAGAGUGAACAUUAUACUAAAAAAGUUACAAGUUUUGACCUGAUACUCUCUUACAUCCCAGGUUUGAUUCAGAGCUAUAGAUGCUUCUGAAUUUAUUAAUUUCUCAAGGGAAAAAUAAACUAAGAGCUUUCUUUAUUUCAAGCAUGUUGAAAAGGAUUUUGCAACAUGACUUGGGAGUACAUUAAAGUAAAUCAGCAUGUAUUUGAUAAAGAAGAUAUUUGAACUUUUGCAAUUUAUUGUACAGUGCAUGGUAAUUUUAUUUUCACCUUCAAAGUUCAGUUUACAGGAAAAUCCUAAAAUCAUGUGGCCAUUGUAAUGUCUAAUAAAUUUGUUUUUAGCACCAGCAUUAUUCAUACAGGGGUUAGAGUAUUAUUUCUAGGAGGUCUUAGGUUUUGUUUUUUAAUUAAUCAAAGCAAUUUCUUUAGCCAAUUUCCAUUUACUAUGUGAAUAGAAACACUGCUAAAAAUCUGGAGUCCUGAAACACAGGGCUGUUUAUUAAUUCAUUUUUCUGUGGUAAAGUUCAAUUUUUCACAAAUUAUAUUUCUAAAGAAAUAUAGUAAGCGUGAAUUUGCAACAAAUAAUUUUAAAGCUCCAAUUUUUAGGACAGUCAAACAAAGUCCGUCUGCCUAUUAAUAGUUCUUUGAUGCCGUCACCAAAGUCCACACCAACCCCUGAAGUCAACCCUUGCCUUUGGUUUAACAGACAGCUAUUACCAUUGGGUGCUGCUGCAAGGUCAAAUUUCUCUUAAGUUCCCCCAUUUAGAGGAAAAGGCACUGGUUAAUGGAAUAAACCACCCAUACUUUGUUUCUUUAUGCACACUUGGAUAACACGUCCCUACUGGUUGGUAUUAAUUUCUUAGAAUAAUUUUUGAAAUCCACAUACAUGCCAUUGGCUUCAGGCCAUGCACAAAAACUGCUUUUUUUUUUCCUUUUUUUAAAUUAAGUACUGACUAUUAAAAACUGUCAUGCUUGGUAUGGUACAAAAGUUAAAAUAAGUUGUCACUAAAAAUACCUUCUCUUUAUGUGGUGCAAUAUGAAAUACACUGAGACUGUGUCUUGACUUUCUGAGAUCUACGAUGAACCCAGGUCAAGUUGUUAAAAGAAUGAAUAAAACCUUAUGGAAAUAAUUUAGUCACUUGUGUACCAGCAACAAUUGAUUUAAUAGACCUAUAGUGUCUAUACUUUCCCUUAGAAUAAACAUUUACCAUUUUCCUGAUACUAAGAGGCAGUCACAUCAUCUUUUGUGCAUAUUCCUAUAUAAAUUAUUUCUAAUUUUAAUAAGAAGGACAUGGCCGUAUGGAAUAUUUGUACAUACUUGUCAUUAUGCAGUAUUUAUUUAAAAGUUGGUGUAUUUUUUUUUAAUUUUCACAUGUCUGCACCUCGACUUGUGGUUUAGUCAUGUAAAUAGCACUAUUCCAGUGACCAUUGCUGCCCUGUACAUAGUGUGUUUCAAAGUCAAGGGAAUUCCAGUUGGAAAAAAGAAAAAAAGGGGCAGAUCAGUCCUGUAAUGAACACCAACGAUGUAAAUCAAAUUCAUUCUGGUGAUGGUAUUUAACACUUUAAAUAAAACAUUUUCUUUACAGAC